UAAAAAUUACUUAAAUCCACUCCGAUAAUGUACGGAGGAGGGAGAGGAGCAGAUCGUAGUGCUGAGGGUCACACACAUGACAUACAUUGCUAUAUAAAGAAAGCGGUGAUAUCACGAUAGAAGCAGAUAUCAUCUUGCUGCAGUACAGCUCUUCGUGAUGGUGCCUCAGAAUAUGUCAGAACCACCAGCAGGACACCCUCACUGACACGGCAGUGUGUCAGAACCAUCACUGACACGGCAGUGUGUCAGAACCAUCACUGACACGGCAGUGUGUCAGAACCAUCACUGACACGGCAGUGUGUCAGAACCAUCACUGACACGGCAGUGUGUCAGAACCAUCACUGACACGGCAGUGUGUCAGAACCAUCACUGACACGGCAGUGUGUCAGAACCAUCACUGACACGGCAGUGUGUCAGAACCAUCACUGACACGACAGUGUGUCAGAACCAUCACUGACACGACAGUGUGUCAGAACCAUCAUUGACACGACAGUGUGUCAGAACCAUCACUGACACGACAGUGUGUCAGAACCAUCAUUGAUACGACAGUGUGUCAGAACCAUCAUUGACACGACAUUGUCAGAACUACCAUUAAGGCAGUGUGUCAACCACGAGCAAUACAUUAUCACUGCCAUAACAGUGUAGCAGGGUGCCAAAACCUUGAUACAAGAUGUGUUCUGCAAGUGAUACAAACCUCUCUAUCCCUGCUCUAGGCCGGCCUUUCCGUCCUGGGAUGCUUUACGACUGCAGGAACGACCAAUUAAUCCAGGGAGUAUGUCCAUGGGGCACAACAACACUGGAAGAAAGAACUAUUCAAAAACUUGCAACCACUGAUUCUCGCAUAAUUGCUUCCGACUCUCUGGAAGACAAAGCCUCUGCUCUUGAUAUUAAUGCUAACCUGAAGCUGAGUUUCCUCGGAGAUCUGUUUCAUGUAUCGGGAUCAGGAAAAUACCUACACAACGAGAAGACUUCCAGUAAACAGGAGAGAGUCACUCUGCAGUACAAAUGUAGCAUCAGGUCUGAGGCGAUGACGAUGGAUCAACUUGGCAAGGGUAAAGUGCAGCAUCCAGAUGUAUUUGAUAAUGGAAUUGCAACGCACGUCGUCACUGCAGUAGAGUAUGGAGCACAAGCUUUCUUUAUUUUUGAUAGAGAGUGUUCCUCAUUUUCAAGUGACAAGAAAAGUUUUGGAGAAUUGCAAGGUAUGGCGAAAUUAAUAAAAAAAUUUCAAAUAGAUGGUAAAGGACAAAUGGAUAUUUCUGAAAAUGAAAAGAAAUACGCUGAAAAUUUUACUUGCACAUUCAUUGGAGAUUUUCAGCUCCAAGAAAACCCUUGCACCUUCGAAGAUGCCAUUCGAGUCUACAAGAACUUACCAAAGCUCUUAGGGAAGGAAGGACAAAAUGCUGUACCAGUUAAAGUCACACUGUAUCCUUUAGCACUUCUGGAUAGUAAAGCCAGUAAAUUCGUGCGUGGUAUUAGUACAAACUUGACCAAUGAGACAGAAAAAGUUUUUGAAAAUCUCCAUGAGCUUACUAUUAGGUGCAACGAUUUAAAUAAUUUUUCUGUUGCAGUAAAAAUUAAUAUUAUCCAAAAGGAAAUAUGUCACUUUAAAUCAAUGAUCAACAUUUACAAGCAAGAGUUCCAAAACCAGUUGGCAAAGUUACUACCCAGCAUCAAAGGUGGAGGAGCUGAAGAAUCACAACUGGCAGAUCUUCUGAAGAAGAAAAAGGCAUCUCCAUUCAAUUACCUGAACCUUCACACUUGGCUCCAAGAUAAAAAAAAACUUAUAAAAAUUCUCAAUGGAUAUAUCAACAUGCUAUCAGAGAUCAUGUUUGCCUCAGAACCUGGUGAUUUGGAGGUAAUGAUGAUGCAGCCAGAUAUUAACUACGUACUCUGCCUUCAAAUUCUUAUCCCACAAAACAACUCUCAGCUUCUAAAAAUGGAAAUGUAUAAUAAAAAUGAAUAUGACCCUGAAAGUGACAAAAGCACUGAGGGAAACUUUGAGGGCACUCUAAAAAGAAAUUACGAGGAUGGAAAAAUGUCUAUUUUAGAGAAAAUCUCACUAUUUAGAGACUUCUUUCUAUCCAACAAAGAAAACAAAGGAACUUCCUUUGCAGUGACAGUGAACUAUUCUGACACAUUAGAUUAUCAGGCUCAUGUUCAGUGUUUUAAGCAGGGCUGUAAUAUAAAUAAUAAUUAUGAAAUUCCUUCAGCACCUACCAUGCCUGAAGCUGACAGUACUGAAAGUACUCAUAAUAGUUUUACCAUUGCUUGGAUACCACCACAAUAUGGCUCUUCAAGUGUGCAAAAUUAUGAAAUACUUUAUCAACAAGCGAGUACAGACCAUUCCCCUGUAAGCUCGAAGGUUAAGACAGAUUCACACACUCUUAGCUAUACUGUUCCCAACCUUGAGGCUAACUGUGGCUACCAGGUGAGAGUACGGAGCCUUUGUGUAGUGGGAGUAGGUCCCGCCAGUGAGACAAUAAAAGUAGACACCAGACCAUCCAGUCCUCCAGGGAAGCCUCAGGCGUGGCAAACUUCAGUAACAACUUUAGAAAUACAAUGGUCAAAACCACCAUAUAUUGACCCACACUGUAGUAUACAAAAGUAUGUAAUUAGGCAGCAAGAGAAAGGGACAGACUUAUGGGUUACAACGGGAAUCACGAAGACAGAUGAAGUUACCUAUGAAACACAUGUUGUACCGAACACUGUUCUUAGGUUCGCGGUGGCUGCUGAUUGUGGUGUUGCAUUAUGGAGUGUGGACAGUGAUCCCAGUGAUUACAUUUGUGUAAAAGCUGAUCAAAAGGCUAUAAUUGAUAGUAAAAGAAAUAAAAGGAAACAAGAAUUAUAUCAUGCAUCAAACCUUGUUGAUAAAGGUCCACCUUCCAUUUAUAUGCUCAAAACAAAAUUGGUUGUUUCUAAAGAUCAAGAUCUGAUAAAGUAUGAACUAACAACAAAACAGAAUACAGGUGCUGAGGAAAAGGUAAUCUUACUAGUCGGAGCAACAGGAUCAGGAAAAACAACUUUGAUCAAUGGCAUCAUUAACUACAUCUUUGAUGUCAACUGGAAAGAUGAUUUCAGAUUCAAAUUAAUAUCAGAAGACAGAAGCAACGAUCAAGCGAAAAGUCAGACUAAACACAUUACAUCUUAUACUAUUCAUCAUCAAGACAGCUUUGAUUACCCUUACACACUGACCAUCAUUGACACACCAGGAUUCGGCGACACCUCGGGAGUGAAGCGAGACAAGGAGAUCACCAGCCAGAUACACAGGUUCUUCACUACCCAGGGUCCAGGAGGUAUUGACCAUAUUGAUGCAGUUGGUUUUGUGAUUCAGUCCUCACUACCGAGACUAACGCCAACCCAGACUUACAUUUUUGACCAGAUUCUCUCCUUAUUUGGCAAGGAUAUCGAGGAUAACAUUUUUCUUUUACUCACUUUUGCUGAUAGACAAAAACCACAGGUUCUUAGUGGAAUAACAGCAGCUGGUAUACCAUACAGAAAAUAUUUCAAGUUUAACAACUCUGCUUUAUUUGCUAAACGUACUAAGGAUGCUAGAAGCACUGCCACUAAAGAUGAGAGUGACGAAGACGAAGCAAUAAGUAAUUUUGAUGAAAUGUUUUGGAACAUGGGAGCAAAUAGUUUCAAAGUGUUUUUGAAGAAAUUGAAUGAAGUUGAUAGCAGAAGCCUCUGUCUGACUCAGGAUGUCCUCCUUGAAAGAGCUAAGUUACAAAACUACAUCAGAGAGAUUCGGAUACAGAUCCAAGCUGGUCUCAGCACUCUUGAAACAUUAAAAAAAGAAGCAGAAAUAGUAAAAUCCCACCAAGCUGAUAUAGACAAAAAUAAAAACUUUAUUUAUACAGUAAACGAGGAAAUAUAUAAGCAAGUUCCAGUUCCACCCGGCCAAUAUAUAACAAAUUGCCAAAAGUGCAACCGAACCUGCCAUGAAAAAUGCAAAAUUGCUGAUGAUGAGAAACAUCGUUGCUGGGCAAUAACUGACGGAAAGUGUCGUAUCUGCCCAGACAAGAACUUCCCAUACAAGUAUGUUCUUGUGGUGGUACAAAAGAUCAAGACUGUUGACGAACUGAGAGCGCGCUAUGAGAAAGCCACACAAGAGAAACUGACAGCAGAGAAACUUAUUUCUAAAAUUAAUGCUCAUUUCAAAGAAGUGCAGCAGGAAGUUCUGGAAAUGACAAAGUCAGUGAAAAAAUCACUAGAACGCUUGCAGGAAAUUGCGCUGAGGCCAAACCCUUUGUCAACGGUAGAAUACAUUGACAUCAUGAUAGAAACAGAGAAGUCACAAGCACAACAGGGAUGGAUGGCGCGGGUCGAGCAACUCAGAGAAAUCAGAAAAGAGGCAGAAUGCAUCCAAAAUAUUGCUAUCAACAGAUUUAAUCCAUUUGGGAUGAAACUAAACCCAAAGAUCAAAGUAAAGCCAGCGACGAGAGUAAACCUAGCGACGAGAGUAAACCCAGCGACGAGAUUAAACCUAGAGAAGAUAGUAAACCUAGCGACGAGAGUAAACCCAGCGACGAGAUUAAACCUAGAGAAGAUAGUAAACCCAUCGACGAGAGUAAACCCAGCGACGAGAUUAAACCUAGAGAAGAUAGUAAACCCAGCGACGAGAGUAAACCCAGCGACGAGAUUAAACCUAGAGAAGAUAGUAAACCCAGCGACGAGAGUAAACCCAGCGACGAGAUUAAACCUAGAGAAGAUAGUAAACCCAGAGACAAGAGUAAACCCAGCGACGAGAUUAAACCUAGAGAAGAUAGUAAACCCAGAGACAAGAGUAAACCCGGCGACGAGAUUAGACCUAGAGAAGAUAUUAAACCCAGAGACGAGAGUAAACACUCAAGAUCCGCUGGAUGUUGCAAUAGGAUUUCUCUGUAAUGUGAAGAAUGCAGUGGAUGGGUUCUUGAGGCCGGCGAGAUCACGGCCCUGUCUUCUUCAACUGCAGAAUUAGUCGCAUUUCUGUUCCCACAGUGCUUGAUAAUGGUACAGGAUUGAUCCAAAUAUUUCGGUUUUGCUUUGUUUAUUUUGAGACAACAAAGCAAAACAAGCAAGGCCUAUAAUGACGUUUCUGGGUUAUCCUAAGUGUUUGUUUUAUAUACACAAUCUUCAACUGGUUUUGCCACAUUUGAUUGAAAUCUGCAUUAUAUCGUAAAAACAAUUAACCUACAUACAUGACCUAGCUAAAAUUAAUAUUAGUGUUAACCUACUUAUAUAAUGUUAUAACCUCAUUUGCACAUGCUUGUGUACAUAUCCAUACACUGACUCUGGAUUUUUACACAGACAUUUUUCUUACCUAGUGUAGCUACCUUCAUUAUUCAGAAUAAAAAACAUCGACCCAGAACUUAACCUCUGAAAGGAAAAAUAAGUAACAGCUUACUGACAAUAAGUGCAAAUACUGUACAGCAAACACUGCUGUAGCUGUUCUUAACAAAGGUAACUGUCCCGUAGCUCGAUUCUUAGUGCACUCACCUCAUACCCUCAGUGUGUGAGGGUAUGGUUCACAUCCUAGGACAAAAUUGACCUUAUUUGCCCGAAAUGCUCAGCAUAAGGGGUUUUCUUUAUAGUAGUAUGUCAUUGAUAUCGGCUAGGACUGUAUACCUUGUAUAUGUACUUGUAGAAAUAAAAAUCCAUAAACAGCCAUAUACUACUCAGACCAACUAGAAUGUAUCACUAAUACUUGCACAAGGGAUGAACAUGGGGAAUAUAUAAUAGCUAAAUUCAAAUCAAAGUACCUACAAAAACCUCUCACAUUGAUAAACAUCUACAGAGUUCCACAGUCAAACAUUAGCCAAUUUAGUCAAAAUCUAGGAAGUAUGAUAACUGAUGCACGCAUGAACAAAGGACACUUACUACUCUCAGGUGACUUCAAUAUAAAUCUCCUGCAAGACCAGGACCCACAUGUUACUGAAUUCACAAACACAAUGAGUAACUGUAUGUUACAAACAACAGUAACAAAACCUACAAGAGUUACAGAGCCCUAGUGUAU